AUGGCAACAACACCAACCUUGCAAAACGCUUCAUCCAAAAAGCGUCGCUUCCAAUCCCCCAUAACCAGCUACUUUACGACCUCCACAACCCAAGAAAAUAGUGACCUGUCAUACCAAAACUAUUCAGCGCCCACAAACACACCAACCCCGACCAUUCCAUCCAACAUUCUCUCAUCGCUCCUCGGCGUAGGCGCUCGAGUCCGGAAAUCCGUUCCAGAGGGUUACAAGACCGAACAGAAGAAAUUGACAGCUUACACGAUACCCGUGAAGACGAACUCGGCGUCGCGAUCAACGACAACGACGACAACAGUAUACAGCGAAUUACAGCCGUUUUGUGGAAUUAACAAAGUGGGAAAUUUUGCUGUGCAGACUUUCCCGCGACCAGAUGAAGAUUAUAGAAGUGAGGAAAUGAUGCGUGUUGAUGAGUUGGAGAAUGUCUCUAUGCCGUCUAGCAGUCAAGAGUCGAAUGCGUCGUUUUCUUCGGCAAAUAACAAGAGGACACUUGAGCCUGAUAUUGAAGAAGAUGAUGAACAUGAUAACGGCUACAUUCAAGGAGGCAUUUGGCAGGAUACUUUUCCCACUAUUUCUACAUACAACACAUCAUCUUCAAAUGCCAUGUCGCGGCGGACGAUUCUUUCUCCAAGACUAGGCCAACACAGACGACGUAUAAUUGCAUAUAACCACACAAACUCACCGAAAACGCAUACCGAACAAGAAAAUGCAAACCCGCUUGCUACUUCUGUGCCAUAUGAUGGCAUGGAUAUUGAUGACUUUGGCGAGGCAGAAUUCCUGCGUCGCAGGGAGGAGGUGGAUUUUUGA